AUGGGCGCAGGUUCCAGCCAUCGUCGACAUGGGAAGCCACAUCCACCAACGACGGUGUCCGACAACAUUGGUUAUCCGGGCGCUGAAUGCGCCGAGUCGACACAGAGGAACUCUGAGGACGGUUCCGAUGCUGUCGACGUACCAGCAUUCGCGACGUACAUCGACGCCCAUGCAUUCUUUCCACCGCUGUUCGGAGCUGCUGGAAACAGCAUGCAUCAAACGGAGUCGCCCACCCAAGGCAAUGGUCUCGCCGCGUUGGGUCGGUUUUCCGUAUUCGCCAAUGAGGUUGUCGCCUCCACUCAGGAGGACCAACAGCAAGACGAUGCGCCAUCACUCCUCCACGUAACCGGUGAUGUGCGCACAGUAUCGUUUGCUGCUUUGGAUGCCGAGAUCCAUCGACGCAACCUCUCGGCGUGGAGGCGGUAA